AUGUUCGCAAAAUUGUUCAUCGUCUGCCUGUUGGCCUCGGUAGCGGUGUGCCUCGAGUACCCCGCUGGUGUAAACCCAGCGCUAUGCCCCAACUACCCAUACUGCAAUACCGGUUUAGUCCCGCGGUACACUUUUGACGGAAAACCCAUAUCAGAGUGGGUUUAUAACCCCAGCGUUCUACCAGUUGCACCUUUAGAGCCUGCUGUUGUCGCUGCCCCUCAGUAUCCCGCCAACUUCCCCGCUACUUUCUGCCCGAACUACCCUUACUGCUUUUAA